AUGAUAUCCGCCGUCUGGCCGCACACUUCUUACGCGGAGGAUCAGCCUCUUCCGCACCUCAUUCUCACCACUCAUGUCCUCGAUCGCGGCUUCCAAGCGGGUUCCGUAGUCGGAUUGGCUGCUGGAAUCGUCCACGUCGGUUUGACUGCGUUGCGCUCCACGGCCCCCAACUUCCGCAUGUCAGCCAGCCUUCUCACGCGAUCGACUGGGUUCGGCGGCAUCGUCGGCUUCAGCAGCAUGGCACUCAUGCUUCCUGUUCGUAUGGCGGGAAAGGAGAUAAUCGAAUGGCAGGAUCGGAGCUGGAGGCUCCUUGAGAACAAGGGACAGAUGGAGGUCGAUACUUGGAGUACGAUGGGGGAGCUGUUGGGAAUCGGAACGACUACGGCGCUCGUGAGGAAGAAUGGAAUGUUGCUGCGAAGGCCAGGCUUUGUGAAUAUUAUAGGGGGCGCAGGACUUGGGGGGUUGGCGGGCAUUAUCGGGUAUAUGGGAUGGAGGUAUGGCGUGAAUGGAGGGCAUACAGACUGA